AUGGCCUUGGCCCCAGCUUUUGCAAAGAUGAUCAAGAUUCUUGUGAAGGAACCACACACCAGUAAAGAAUCCAAAGACACAGCAUGUUAUUGGAUUCAUUUGAAUGGUGUCCUUCAACGAAGGGUAGCAUGCAUCGAUAUACAGUUUGAUGACUCUAUAAUUAUUAUUUUUUAUUUUUUUGAAAAUUAUGUUGAAGAUGCUAAACUUGGUUACGUGUAA